CAUAAAGAUAACGCGCGAACGUGGAGAGGCGUAAAGCUCUAAUCCACCGCGUUCAACGCAUCGCACAAUCGACUGCAGUGGCAGCGAACUGCCAUCAGUGGCAAUAUACCUAGAUACUUUGUGUAUGCGUGCGCGAUUUGUCACACUACGAAUACAGACCGGACGACGAUUACAUUAUUUUAGAAUAUAUAGACAUAUUAUAGUCGCUGGAGCGAAUUCGUGAUGGUCAACAUAGCAAGCGUGGGCACGGUGGUCAUCAAAGUCGUGAAAUUGGUGUUGAACAUAAUCAUUUUGGUGCUGUACCGGACCGGGUAUCGCGGUGGAUUUUUGGGAGUCGGCGGAACGUGGAACCUUAACGAAGAGAAAAACCCGGAUGCGGAAAUAGUAGCUUCCGGCGUGUUCGUCGGUUUCUUCAUCUACACCGUCGUGAUUCUAAUAUCGUACGGGUUCGGAUCUAACCACCAGAAGAAAACGCUAGUGGAUAUAAUAAUGAAUUUCGUCGGCAUGUUCAUGUUUAUCGCCGUCGGCGGUAUAGCGCUGCACUAUUGGAUUGGUUAUCAGAACGAAAACAAAUACAUCAGCGUAACUUCCGAACGUGCCAUAGGCAUCACGGUGGGCGUGCUGUGCGUUCUUUCCGGUGCCAUUUACCUGGUGGACACCGUACUGUCGUUUAUACAUUUCGCCAGAGAAAUGGAGUUCGAUUAAGAGGCGCGACCGUGGAAAAUUUAAGUUAAUUUAAAUAUAUAGCUAUACUUUAUACAUAAGUUUAUACAUAGGUUUUGCUCUUCGAGUGCACAAUUAAUAAACGCAUAUCAUAUUUAUAUUAUGUAUGUAUACACUGAAAAUCUGUCUGUAUAAAUAUAAUAUAUUGUAUACAAUCUGAAAGGAUUUAUGAACCGCGAAAUGUGCACACGAGCGGAUAUUCUACAUGCAUGUGUGUGUGAAUACAACACAGUGUUAUAAAAACGUUCAAACAUAUAAAUAAUAUAAUAUGCGCUUUGUGAAAUAAUAUCAAAUACCUAACUAAUAAUUAACUUUUUUUCUACUCAUUAUAUACCUGCUACUACUUACUUAUUUACACCUAACGACAUUCCAUCCAUGUAUAAGUCAUAAUAGUGUUUUGUAAAUAUAAAUAUUCUUAUAAUAUGUAGUUAUAUAUUUAUAUAAUAAUAUGUUAUAUUUAUAGUUAGUUAUAGUUAGUUAUAAUUAUAUUUAAAUACCAUGUAUAAGUACAAAUACAUUACCCCAACGAUCGUUAGUAUUUAAAUACAGAA